GCGGACUCACAUCUCGUCCUCGUCUCGCUCUCUCCUCCGCCUCUCUCUUUUCGUUCCCUCUCUUUCCCUCCCUCUCCUCCCCUCUCACCCUUUUGCACGUACGAACUCGUACGCAUCUGCAUCGCGACGUUGCUCGCUGCAUGCACUCUUGGCAUUGCCAAUCCAUCCCCCCACGACUGCGGCUCCACCGUGUAGACGCCGUCCCGUCCCGUCGUGUACUUCCCAUACACGCCUAGGCCUGGUGUCCACCACCAACACCGCGUCGUCUCACGAGAGCAGUCGACCAUCUUCGCCUACCUACCUCACGUCUCGCACCGGCUCUCGGACCAGACGCACCUCAGUAAUGCAUGUCCUUGCGUGAUUCGACUCUCGCCUAUCUCUCCUCGACCCGACCUGCCCACCUCCCCGCCCAUCAUGGCCGACGACUCUACCACCACGUCCUUUAAUGUUUCGCCCAUGCCACGCGAUGCCAGCCCCUCCGCCGGCCACAACGACUCCUCCAUACUCUCAGAAAUCUCUAAUGGCUCAACCGUACAGGACGGAGAGAAGCACCCCAAGGGCAAGAGGAAACGUACCGCUGCCAAAGACAAGAUGAUACUGGAAGAGGCGUACAAGAAUAACCCCAAGCCGGACAAGCAGGCGCGUCUCGAGAUCGUGGACCGCGUCUCCCUCAACGAGAAAGAGGUCCAGAUAUGGUUCCAGAACCGGAGACAAAACGACCGCCGCAAGUCGCGUCCGUUAACACCAGAGGAGUUAGCUGCCCUUCGGUACGGUGGCGUUCAUGGCCUUUCCGACGGUACAGCGUCACGGAGCUUCAUUGCUGGCCUGGGGCAGGACUCGGACCCCAUUGGCCCUCCGAGAGUCGAACGCGGUCCCGUGUCUCCAACCGCCGAGCAGCACACCCCAGAGCACUCCUUCGUUGACGCGUCGACACCGAGAACCGGAAGCCAAGAGAGCAAUCCAAAGGGUCAAUCUCAGACGACGCCGCCGCAGAGCCAGGAGGCCCCAUCCUCACAGCGAUCUCAGGAAGGCUCCGACGCACUGAUCCCUUCGUUUUCGAGCUCCGUCGGCUAUCUUGCUAACAGGUGGAACCUGGGGAGCUCUUUCUCGACGCCGUCAACGCUAGGACGUGGCGGUGACGACUCUCUAAGGCUUGAGCCUUUUCAGCCGUCGUCUUGCUCGUCCGAUACGACGCACAACGCGGCCAAGUCCAGCUCUCACUUCAGGUUGUCCUUGUCCCUAGAAGGCAAAGCUGAGCUUGUUUCCAAUCAGGCUUCGCCCACGCGGGCUCCGCCUCCUCGGCCGUCAAGCACGCUACCCGGCCUUCCUCCCGCCCGACGUGGGCUUCAGCGUAGCCACAGCGCGCUGCCAUCCAUCACACUGCCGCCAAUAUCGGCCUUGACCAAAUCUCUCCCACCGCGGCUCCCCCGCGGCCGAUCUAGGGACGUCCAUGCCUGGGAGUCUUGUGCAGACGCAGAGAGGCGUGACGAGCUCACAGCUCAGGCCGAGAACGAAUCUAACGGCUCCGCCAUUGCGGCAAUCAGCUUGCUGCGGUCUUCCAGCGGCGUCCUGCAACCAAGUGCCACCAAGCGAAACGCUUCUCUGACGCGACAAACCCAGCCGCGUCAGACCAAGAAGGCCAAGUUUGGUAGGACCUCGUCGACUUAUGCCCGUCUCGAGGGUGUCGGGACAACAGACUUGGAGAAACCUCGCGAGAUCUCCAGCGGCAAGGUCAAGGUGGCGAUGCUCGUGUCGCCCACCGACUCAGACAAGGAGAACUGGAGCCCAGAUGAGGACGGUGGCGCGCAAGGUAACGGGCGCCGACGGCCUUUACCGGCGAGCCAGACGACCAAGCCUCACAAUCCGCGCCGGAUGCCUGCGCUCGGUGAGCACAAAGGCCCAGCGUUUCUGAGCAGCCGAGCCAACACGGCGCCGUCGAGGCCGCACGCGCUAUCCAAGGGCGGUGCUAUUGAGAUAUUCGACGACGCGGAUCGGCCGGCCCCGCGAUCGCGCGAGGACGAGGUGGAGAGGUUCAUGCGUGGCGAGGUGAGCCCCAGCAAAAAGGGCGACAUGGACUGUGUGGCCGGCCUCUUGUCGCUGAGCCAAGGGGCCUGGAGAUGAUGAGCCUGGCAAGCAGACGGGGUCUGUUCCGUCUCGACCAGCUUUGUUGGAUCCGAGUCUACCAUGGUCCUGUUGGUGUACGUACCAGCCGCGAUCCGCACGGGGACCGCCCUUUGGAUACUGUCUGGACAUGAGCCACUACUUGGGUUUUGCACGCCCUCGGACGGCAUCACUUGAGAGUCUUGUUGGGUUCCGCGGCCUCAUCCGUGCCGUUCUCCUUCCAUCCGCAUGCCGAUCCACAGCAUGUGGUGGGGGCGGCGGCUACUCGUUAGGUGUUUGGAUAUACUAGUACCUCUGUCACCUGUCUUGAUAAGUGAGUGGUGUUUGUUUGGUCUUGGGGUCGUUCUCGUCGUCGUCACUACGGGGUAGUGACGGGACAGAUGGGCUGGCGGGCGAAGUCUCUUGUGAUGCCUUUAUUUUUUUUUUCUUUUCCUGUUCAAUUUCUGGACCUGGCUUGCUGGAUUUUCUAGCAUUUGGCCCGCCAGCCGCGGAAUCAAGGGGAGACAAGGGGGGAGGGGAAGGGUUGCUUCAUCUCGUGCGGGCCAUGGUCGUCUUUUUUCCCCACAUCGUAUGGGUUGGCGCAGAUUAAGGUGUACGUAUAUGGAUGGGUGGGAAGGAGGAAAGUAAGAAAAGGGGCGGUGAAUUCUUGGCAAUUGAAAUGAAUUGAAAUGUUUGACA